AUGCUGCCUAGGAUUACAAGUACUGCUAGAUUGGGUAUUAAGAAUCUCUAUUAAUUGAAUCACAUUAAAAGUUUCCAUAAUGCAACCAUAGCUCAUAAAGCAUAAGUUAUGAAUGACGAAUCACAAUAUGUUGUAAAAACAGAUCGAAUUUAUAAACCAACCUAUACAAUUGAGUUUGAUAGAAUUGGAGAAGUGUUGCUCUACUCAUGUGAUCCUCAUAAGCAUCUUACAAUAUUCCUAAAAUACCCAUAUGUGCUUUAUGAGACAGCCAUCCCCUUAUCAAUUUAUCUUUGGUUCAAAAACCCAUUGGAUAUUGCUUGGUAUUGGAAUAAUCUAUUUAUAUAUGCCCCAUCAUUUUUGUGGAUUCCUAGAAUGUGGUAUUGGAGAUCAUUAUAAUAUAAAAUUCAUAGACUUUCUUUGUUGAGAGGAGGAAAAGUACUCAAGAUUGAGACAAAUACACUUGCUAAUGAUAAAAAUGUGUAUUGGGUUGAAACCUAUUAAUUCCAUCCCUUAACGGCAGAUCUCAAGCAAUUUGAUGAUAGAGACAAUGCUGAUUAUUUAACAGAGGAAGGUCAAUUAAAAUAUGAGUUGGCAUGUCAACUUGAUCAUAUUCAAGAAUUGGGUACAACAGUAUAAGACGAAGUAAUUUAUUUCAUGAAGGAAGGAGUAGUACAUCAUCCAGAAUUGUUUGAAGCAGCAACUAAGGGAUAUGUAAUAGACACCUCUAAUUUUGUAAUAAACACAGCUCACAACAUCAGAGCAUUCGAAGGUCAUCACAAUUAAUGAAGAUUGGUUAUCAUAAUAGAAAUCAAAAGAAUAUUUAUUUAAAUAAA